CGAGAGGGUUUGAAAAUGCGAUAUAAAGCUCUGGGAACAGCAAAACACUGACCGAAGAUGGAACAAGAACAACGAUUGAGAAAGCGAGGUGUUGUGAAUGAUGAUGAGGAUAGGUUGAAUCUAUUGCCCGAAGCUUUGAUUCUGAAAAUUCUGUGUUUUCUUCCUACAAAAACUGUCGUAACCACGAGUGUUUUGUCUAAACAAUGGCGGUCUCUUUGGAAGUUUGUGCCAAAUCUCGAGUUCAAUUCUGAGGAUUGCGAAAGUGAAGACCUUUCAUUUUCAGAGAUUGUUUCCAAGUCUUUACUUUCACACAAAGCUCCGGUUCUAGACAGUUUUCGUCUCCUGUUUGGAUCAGAAGAUGUUAGUUUCGUAGAUGUUGGACUUUGGGUUGGCAUUGCGUUUGCUCGACAUUUGCGUGAAUUGGUGCUCGAUUUUUAUCCUUCAGGGAAAGAGACCUUCACAUUUCCUAGUAGCUUGUCUACAUGUAACACACUCGAGAGUUUGAAACUCGUGUUUGGUUUUACUGUAGAUAUACCUUCUCCGGUUCUUAUGAAGUCUCUUAGAACCCUGCACCUUGAGUUUGUGAGCUUCAAAGAAGAUGUAUCUGUCCGUAACCUUUUAUCUAGCUGCCCUGGUCUUGAACAACUGAUAGUGUAUCGAGGUGAAGAUUGUGAUGUUGAGAUUUUCACUAUUGAGGUCCCUUCUUUGCAGAGAUUAAAGAUUCAUGAUACCAAUGAUGGAGCUGAGUUUUGGGGAUAUGUGAUAAAUGCUCCUUGUUUGAAAUACUUACACAUUGAAGACUUGAGAUGUCCAGGGUUUUCUCUGAAUGCGCCUGAGCUUGUGGAAGCAAGUAUCGUUGAAGCUAUAUCUAUAACCAAUAAGAAGCUUCUUGGAUCUCUCACUUCUGUCAAACGUCUUCUAUUGCAUUUGUCACCCUUGAGGAAAUAUAAUCAUGUUCGUAGUGAUAGUUUGGUCCGCGGCAAAUGGAAUGAGCCAAAGUAUGUCCCUGAAUGUUUGUUGUCACAUUUAGAGACAUUUGUGUGGAAAAGAUUUGGUUGGGGAAGAGAGGAAGAGAAAGAAAUAGCUACGUACAUUCUAAAGAAUGCAAGACGAUUGAAGAAGGCACAUUUCUCAACAAUUCCCAUUGAUACGAAAGAGCUCAACAAGUUGAGAGAGAGAAGUAAGGUGCUCAGCGAAUUGGAUGGUGUGGUCAGGGCUUCAAAUUCAUGUCACCUUGUGUUCAAAUUCGAUGCAUCUGCUUAGGUAUCAGACUUUUCUUAGUACAUUGAGCCUCCUGAUUUAACUGGUAAGUGGGAUUUAGAUCGG